GAACAGAAACCAGAAAUGGCUGCAAAACCCGUCGAAGAGCCUGAGGUCGAACCCUCAGUAGAUGAGGUCAAGCCCUCAGUAGAUGCUGCAGCUACUGCAGCUACUGAAGAAGUUGUCGAGAAAACCGAGGAAAGCACAACUGUUGUUGAUAGUGAAGAGGACAACAAAGCUCCAAUUGAAGAAAUCAAUGAAAUCAAGGAAUCCAGUCCUGCUGAAGAAGCCAGUGAAGAAAGCAAUGAAACCCCCGAAGAAUCCGAAAAUCAAGAAGCUGAAGAGACGCCUGAGAUUAAGAUUGAGACAGCACCAGCAGAUUUCCGUUUCCCAACUACUAACCAAACCAGACAUUGCUUCACCCGAUACAUUGAGUAUCAUCGGUGUGUUGCUGCUAAAGGUGAUGAAGCGCCCGAGUGUGACAAAUUUGCUAAAUACUAUCGCUCCCUUUGCCCUGGUGAAUGGGUCGAUAAAUGGAACGAGCAAAGGGAAAAUGGUACUUUUCCAGGUCCUCUGUAACUGAAUUCCUCAGAGGAGGUUUCAUCGUUUUCGAAUCAUACUCCAUUUAUAGAAUUUUUCUUGUAAGCAUGCUGAGAAAUAAAAAAUUAUGGGUCGUGUUCUUCUGAAGAACUUAAAGCCCGAACUGUAAUGCGGUGGCAACAAUUUCGUCCUUAUUGAUUUGAUGUCUUAUGUUCUAAACUCUGGCUUCUUCAUACGUGAGUAUUUUUCCUU